UCCCGCGAACUUCACACGCUUUACAGCCUGUUAUCUGUUCUAACCCAUUCACACCACACCAGUGCAAGCUCCAGGGUAGAAGAACAGGACCAUGCGUUCCAAGAGCCAGCAGGCCCCGCCCCCAUCGAUCAGAAUGAGCCUGAGGAGUUACCGGAACUCCGCCCUGGUCCCCAUGGAGACGUCAUCUUCAGAGGACAGCUGUGACAGCUUCGCUUCUGAUGGCUUUGCACCAAUGAAAAGACCUCUCAGGCAGACAAGAAGCUCGGCUCGGCAGGAGAAAGUCUUAGAGACGCAGUCAGUGUUGGAGGAGGAAGGCUGCAGUGGUUUUGAGGAAAGUGACUUCAGUAAUGAGAUGAGCACCAUGAAAAUGGAUUCUGAAUCUGACUCAGAACCCCCGAAAAAAUCUCGUCGCCCCUUCACUCUUCGAGUGGCCAUGAAGUUUCCCACCAAAAAUGUCACUUGGAGGAAAGCCCCAAGCCCUGAGUCUGCUCCUAAACCCAAAGACACAGAAGUAGAUUCUGAAGAAGAGGACUUUGUUGCAAAGAGAGAACUUAAUAUUAAAGAGAACAAGGCGAUGUUGGCCAAACUAAUGGCAGAGCUGAACAAAGUCCCUGGACUUUUCCCUAAGAAGACAUCUCUUCCUGUGAACAAUCCACCUCGUGUUCCCCGUCGUUCUUUGGGAACCCCUGGAACUCGCAGGCAGAACCCAGAACGUUUAUCACGGAUUCACACCCGUUCCCGUUCACUAGUGGAUGGACCACCUACCCCCACUCCUGAAGAAGAGCCAGAGGACAAGUUCAGCCUGGUGCGCAGGAUCAGACAAGAUGAUGAUGAGGAUGAUGAAGAGCCAGAGCCACGUCGGCGGCGCAGCUACAAUGGCGUCCUUGCCAUCCCUCAUGUGGUAAGACCUGUGGAGACGAUCACCCAGGCUGAGUUGAACAACAUUUGCACUAACGUCCGAGAGAAAGUCUACAAUCGUGCCACAGGCAGCACCUGUCACCAGUGUCGUCAGAAGACAACUGACACCAAGACUAAUUGCCGUAACCCAGAGUGUGUUGGAGUCCGAGGUCAAUUUUGUGGCCCCUGUCUGCGGAACCGUUAUGGAGAGGAAGUUCGUGAUGCACUUUUGGACCCGGAAUGGCAAUGCCCCCCAUGCAGAGGCAUUUGUAACUGCAGUUUCUGCAGGGCCAGAGAGGGGCGCUGUGCUACAGGUGUGCUUGUCUACCUGGCCAAAUACCAUGGCUAUGACAAUGUCCAUGCUUACCUGAACAGCCUGAAGAAAGAACUGCAGGAGACUGAGUGAAAAUGCUGACCCUGCUCGUUUCAAUCCAUACCCUGUGUUUAUCUUUUGCUUUGGACAUUAUAUGCUUUAUGCAAGUUUGUGCCUUCUUGUUAAUGAACCUCAGUUCAUUUACAUUGUUUUAAAUGUAAUUUUUUUUUUUUUUUGGGGGGGGGGGGCUGCGAUCUUAAAGAUUGUUGCAAUUUUGCGAUAGCUUUUUAAGGCCAGUGAACUGUAAAGUAUUGAAAUCUCGCAAAACUCUGCUGCUUUUGACUUCUAGAGUUUAAAUGAAUAAAACCAGACCAGUAGCUACUUCUAAGAGAAUCAUUUCAAAUGUUUCAAAACAUGGCACAACUUCUCCGACCAAUAAAAGCUUUUUAUUUUUUUAAA